AUGUCCCGACAAGAAUAUUAUCGCCAUUUGGAUGUAUUUCAUGAAUUCGAAGACGAUCGAUCUGCUGGAUUCGAAAAUUCUACAAAUGACGACGCACCCGAAACGUUCGGCAUCUACGGUACACACCUUCUCACCAACGACGACUUCAGAAAAGAAACGCUAGAAAAUAUUAAAGUAGACAAUGAUGUACUAAAAACUCUGUGCGUCACACGAGUUUCACAUCGGACAAGGCGUCUUCUCCGGCAUUUCGGAGACACGGUCGGAGCCGCGGAAAUUAUCUACCUUGCCAACGAAAAGUGUAAAGAAAAUCCGUGCGCUGAAGUCUCCUCAUUACCUUUCGUUCUCUUCCCAUUCACUUCUAAAAAAGGUCUGUUCGCUACUCGUGAUAUUCUGGAGGGCGAGUUCGUUCUUGCUCGUGUUCCAGUUUUACUGACAUCGCCAGAAGAAUGCGGACGUGACAGGAUGGGAUUGUCUCUUCCGAACAUUAUCCUGUAUGGUGGACUACAUAGCGAUUUUUCCCAGUUCAAAGUUCUCAAUGUUCCCCCAAAUCGCAAGAGACAAAGAGAAACCGAUGCAUUCCAGAUAAGAAGGAAAAUGCGAGCGAUCGAAGCGGAAGCGAACAAUAAUUUCUGCCAGCCGCAGUCAAAGUACUUUUCGGAUGAUGAAGAGUAUAUUCAGGAAACCGCUUACGACAAAUAUGACAUUUGCAUCGAUGUGACAGACUCAAAUGAUGAAAUGCGAGCAAUAAGAAGAAAUUGUGAACCCAACUGUGUCAUCCGUUAUGUCAUUCUACAUCAAAGAAUCGAAGUGUUUAUCACUGCACAGUGUGAUAUUAGUGAAGGCGACGAGGUGAGUUUCUAG